AGCGACUCGGAACAAAAGCUACACAAACCAACAACGAGUUUACUAGUAGAGAGAAGUGAUUCCAUCUGCUAGGAAAGUCCAUUCCUUCAAAACGUGAAGAAAAGAGAGCUAACAAAGUAGAGUAGUUAGCUAGCAACUUUGUACUGUAUUCGCUAUCUUGUUGGAGUUACAGUGUAUGAUGACAAUUUAGCUAUCCAGCUAGACUAACAAAAGUAACAGUGAACAACAUGGAUUUUCGGGAAAGGUUUCGUUCAUCAUGCGGAUUGUUUUGGUCUGCUUUCGUCGCGUAAAAUUAAAUGCUACAUCUUGGCUGGUUGUACUAAAUAAUUUGUUUAGCGAGUGAACCAGGAAACUGCCUUAUUUAGCUAACGCUAGUUGGUAAUCCACGCCUUUCCGUUCUUUCUUUCCCUCGGCUGUGAUUGCAAACUUUAUUUCGGGGAUUCGGCCUACCUUUGGAACUUGAAAAGCAAAGGUAAAAAUUUGAAACCAAAAAUGUCAAUCUUAGGUCUGAAGAAGAAACAACCAAAGACUUUCAAAGUCAAAGUCAUCACCAUGGAUGCUGAAAUGGAAUUCAGUUGUGAGGUGAAGUGGAAAGGGAAAGACCUCUUUGAUCUGGUUUGCCGGACUAUUGGGCUGAGAGAGACCUGGUUCUUUGGUCUUAGAUAUACUGUGAAAGACACCUAUGCCUGGUUAAAAACAGAGAAACGGGUUUUGGAUCAAGAGGUUCCAAAAGAUUCCCCGAUUACAUUUCACUUCCUGGCCAAAUUUUUCCCAGAGAAAGUAGAAGAGGAGCUUGUCCAAGAGAUCACCCAACAUCUCUUCUUUCUGCAGGUCAAAAAGCAGAUAUUAGAUGAGGAAAUAUUCUGUUCUCCUGAGGCCUCUGUGCUUUUGGCAUCGUAUGCAGUUCAAGCCAAGUACGGAGACUAUGACCCAAACUUCCACAAACCAGGCUUUUUGGCCCAAGACGAGCUUUUGCCUAAAAGAGUGCUGAUGCAGUAUCAGAUGACGGCAGACAUGUGGGAAGAGAAGAUAACGGCUUGGUAUGCAGAACACAGGGGGAUUGCAAGGGAUGAAGCUGAAAUGGACUAUUUGAAAAUAGCACAAGACCUAGAGAUGUACGGUGUCAGUUACUUUUCCAUUACACAAAACAAGAGGGACACUGAGCUGCUUCUUGGAGUUGACGCUCAAGGACUUCAUAUAUAUAACCCCAACAGUAAACUCAACCCUAACAAGUCCUUCCCAUGGAGUGGAAUCAGAAACAUAUCCUACAGUGAAAAGGAGUUCACUAUAAAACCGUUAGACAAAAAGAAAGAUGUUUUCAAAUUCUACUCUUCCCAGCUUCGAGUCAACAAACUGAUAUUGCAGCUGUGCAUUGGAAACCAUGAUCUUUUCAUGAGGAGAAGGAAAGCGGACUCCAUAGAGGUCCAGCAGAUGAGAGCACAAGCUAAAGAGGAGAAGGCAAGGAAGAAGAUGGAGCGUCAGAUUCUAGCCAGAGAGAAGCAGCUGAGGGAGGAGGCGGAGCGGGCCAAGGAGGAGAUGGAGCGGAGGCUCUUCCAGCUGCAGGACGAGGCGCGGCUAGCCAACGAAGCACUGCUCCGCUCGGAGGAGACGGCCGACCUGCUGGCAGAGAAGGCCCAGAUCGCGGAGGAGGAGGCCAAACUCCUGGCACACAAAGCGGCCGAGGCGGAACAGGAGAGGCAGCGUCUGGAGGUCACGGCAAUGAAGACCAAGGAGGAGAAGAGGCUGAUGGAGCAGAAGAUGCGGGAGGCGGAGCAGCUGGCCGUCAAGCUGGUGGAGCAGUCGGAGAGGAGGUCGAAGGAGGCGGAUCACCUCAAACAGGACCUGAGUGAGGCUAAGGAUGCAGAGCGUAGGGCUAAGCAGAAGCUUUUGGAAAUCACGAAAACAACAUACCCUCUUAUCGCUGCAUACUCCAGCCCCCCUCCGCCCCCUGAUGGAGGAGACCUCAAUCUUGAGACAGGUUCUGUCAGGAUGGACUUCAAAGACUCGGAUAUGAAGAGAUUAUCCAUGGAGAUUGAAAGAGAGCGGCUGGAGUAUAUGGAGAAGAGCAAGCACUUGCAAGACCAGCUAAAGGAGCUCAAGUCAGAAAUCGAGUCCCUGAAGCUGGAGGAGCAGCAGGCCGGAGUAUUUUCCCACCGGGGGGAGGCCAGGGUCUACCCUGACCCCCCCUAUAUUCCCCACAGUAACGUCGGGCACUAUGAUUCAGAAGUUAUCUACAUUUGAGAGGCCAGUUGAAGAUAAUGGAGUGAUACUGGUGUUGAGCGCAAUUCUGCCUACAUGGCCCAAAUGGCCUACUUUGAGGAGGUGUGAUGAAAUCCGCAGCGGAGAAGAGGAAUGAGCAACACUGCAGUUUUUACACUCUGUGAUUGUAAUCACAACACGCACAUUUCCUGAGCAUUCUUUGGAUUGUGCAUUAGAUGAGCCCAGAGCAUGGAGAGGGCUCCUCUCUAAUGCAGUUCCACAUGAUGUUGUUCCACAUGUUUUUAAAUGACGUGAAGCCAGAAAGUUUGGUAUUGCACGCAAAGUAGAUAUGUUUCAUUUCAACCAUCCCUGCAGAUAAUUCUCCCCCCCCCCCCCCCACUCACAGUUUGAUACUCAGUAUAUACACCCACAGGUUUCUUGGAGUGGCCACUGUCAUGCAGUUUCCUCUUUACUGGUCAAACUCUGUUAUGUGAAAAGGGAGUCCUUUCGAGAAGUUGCUUUAAAAAAAAAAAUCUGCAUGCGAUGGAACUGUACAAAAAAAACAUCCUAAAAUUACUGCUAGGAAAAAAGGUGGGUUUUGAUAACUAUCCCUAUUUUUGUUACAACUAAUCACCACAGCAGCAUUGUUAUUACAGCAGACUUGCACGAUAGUGAAGUUACUUUUAAAGUAUAGAUUCAGUGUGAUGGUGCCUUGCAAAGAAACUGCUGAGGUGUUACUCAUUUGAUGAAACGUGCCACUGAGGCAAGUAUUUGUCCUUAUUUAGCAUCAGUAGUUAAUCUUAUUGCGUUUGUAAAGCUGGCAAGCUAUUAUGCUUUACUUUGAAAAGUGUUUUUAUUUGAAAUGCACAUUUUCUUUUGAAACACUGU